AUGGGUAAAGACAUUGAAAACCUUGUGAGUUCCUGUGAGAUUUGUGCAAAGUACCAAGCCAUGAAUCCUAAAGAACCGAUGAUCCCAAGCGAAUUACCUACAAGACCUUGGUCAAAGAUUGGUAUGGAUCUUUUUGAACUCAAUGGAACUCAUUAUUUACUCACUGUUGAUUACUUGUCGAAGUGGCCAAAGGUGUCUAAACUCGAAUCAUUGACAUCUAAGUGUGUGAUUACUCAUGUGAAGAGCAUGAUUGCCAAAUACGGAAUUCCGGACAUCGUCAUAAAAGAUAAUGGGCCGCAGUUUAGCAGCUUUGAAUUUAGGGAAUUCGUAAAGGGAUAUCAGAUCAGACAUAAAACUACUAGUCCUUACCAUGCUCAGUCUAAUGGACAAACAGAACGCAUGGCCCAGACGAUGAAACGUCUUAUCACCAAAUCUCAUGAUCCAUAUGUAGCUCUGCUAGAGUACAGAAAUACCAAAACUGAUGGUAUUGACUUGUCGCCUGCUCAUAUGUUUCUAGGGCGAAGACUGAAAUCUAUCGUACCAACAACACUGCCUUUGUUGAAAUCGAACAUAAAUGAGGAUACCAUGGUCAAGCUUAAAUUUCUUCAGGAAAAACAGGAGGAAAACUUCAACAAUCAUGCCAGAAAAGAGCCACUGAAACCUCUUAAGCCAGGAUACAACGUAAUGAUGAAGAAUCCAUCUGGACAAUGGACAAGCGGGCACAUCAAAGACUUACAUUCGGCUAAACGUUCAUACAUCGUUCAGAGUAACGGAAAACAUUAUAGAAGAAACCGCAAGUUUUUGAGGCCAACUCGAGUUAGAAGUAAGUUAGAAGUAAGAAUGCACAGUUACAGAGGAUACUCCAAUAUCCAGUGCUCCGUCGUACAGUCCUCCAAACUCAGAAGUCAAUGGAACCGAAACUUCUUUGUCGCAUUCUACAGCUUCUGA